AUGGAAAGUUUGUGGAUAAAUGAAGCUUGUGAAUUUUCCAUUAGACAAUCAUAUUGGUACUUACUUUACUUUCUCACAAGCUUCAGUUUUGUUUUGAGCUUACUUAUUGAUUUUUUGAACUUAUUGGGGAUUAUUUCAAUCUCCCAUUUCAAACAACUCCAUACUCCUACAUAUUAUCUAGUUCUUUCUUUAGCUGUGGCUGACCUUCUACUGGAAUUAGUUGUUUUACCAAACUGCACGGUUUACUCUGUUAAAACAUGCUGGUAUAUUGGGAAUAUUCUCUAUGCCAUUCAUCUAAGAUUAUCUGAGACACUGACAUUAGUGUCAAUCGAUCAUUUGGGCUUUAUUGCAGUUGAUCAUGACUAUGUUGUCUGUGAUCCCUUGCUCUACACAAGAAGGCAUGCUCGAGUCAUUAGAAACAUGACAAGGAAAGCCCAAUCUGAAGAGGAAUACAGUAAUCCAGGUUUUGCAGGCCACGAACACAGUGCUGCCAUGAAACUGAGCAUAGUAACAGUACUCUAUAUAAUCUGCUGGCUACCCUAUUGCAUGACCAUUGUUGUUGAUCCAUGUAUUAAUUACAGUACAUCUAGAGUUUUAUUCUCUGCUACUUUAUGGUUUGGUUUUAUUAAUUCUGCUUUUAACCCCAUUGUUUAUGCUUUCUUUUAUCCCUGGUUUUGCAGGUCUAAAAAUAUCCUUUCCUGCAAAAUACUUAACCCUGACUCUUCAACAAUAAACUUAUUCCCAGACAAUUAG